GGGUUUUGGAACCACUAGACACCCCAUACGUGCUCUGUUCUUAUUGGCCGCCUCUCUUUCUUCUUCGAUGGUUUUUUUUUUUGUGUCUGAGAAAUCUAGUGUUGUUGCUCUCCUUCUCCAAAUCCGUUCAUUGAAAUCACCUUGUAGAGAUAGCUUCUCACAUGAAAGUAAUUGGGCGUGAUUGAGUUUCCAGAUGGAUUACCUCCUACUACGUCGACAAGAGAAUUUUUCAGAGAUGGAGCAGCAACUGAAGAAGGCAGAAGAUGCUCAAAGGCGAAAAGUUCAGAUUGAGAAGGCUGCAAGAGAGUCCGAGGCAGAGGCCAUUAGAAAAAUUCUAGGACAGGAUUCGAGCAGGAAGAAGCGUGAAGACAAAAUUAAAAAACGACUUGAUGAAUUGGCUCAGGAGAAAGCUGCACACGAGGAAAGGGCCUCAACAAGCUACAUCAGGACAAUAAUGGGUCCUAAUGGAACAACUGUUUCAUUUCCCAUUGACAAAGUGCCUAGCCUGUUUGAUCCCAAACUAUCUGGUCUCAAAUGUUACAAGGCAGUUCAGGAGCAGCAUCAGUAGCAGACUGCACCGGUUUAGAUAUUGAUUUGAUUUUUUCUGAUACAAAAGGUCAAGAACUCAGCUCUCUGAGUUUAUAGAGAUUACAGGACAUGUUUUAGUUUUUCUUUUGCUUUGCUUCAGACUUGUCUGAUUGGAUAUAGUUCAUUUUUCAUAUGUGAGAUUAGCUCAUGUUUAUUUGAAUUUUUAU